GUGUUGAAAUAUGAACCUGAAUAUGAAGCAGAAAGGAUAAUAACAAAAGGCCUGGGGCUGGGUUUUAAUGAAAAGAAUCCUUCUCUAUCUAUUGAAAAGAACAGAGCAGUGAUCUAUACGAGAUCUCAAUUUAUUUAUUUUUCAUGAUUUUAAGAAUUUUCUGCCCUGUCAGUAUCAUUAUGUAGGAAUGACACUUCUUUCCUUCUAACGAACUAUACGAUAUGUAACUAUUGAAGUGGAUGUCGGUGUCACAUUUUUUCUACCAACAUUUGUGUAAUUCGUCCAUUACAAUGGAAAAGUUUUCACCUCAAUUAGCCAGUACAGUUGAGUUGCUAGAUCCCAUGAUAACACAACUGAUGAAUGGUUGUACUAAGGAAACAGCUCUAAGAAUCAAAGAAUCUAUUCCAACCAUCCCCAGUCAUGUCUUACAGAAACUCCAUCCAUACAUCAUUGUACCGAUAAUGGGACAGGUUUCUAACGACACACAGAAUGAAGAAUUAAAAACAAUUCUCUUGGAAAGUGUGAAUUUGGUGCUGAUCCAAAUACAUAUUUCAAAUGUUUCUGCCAUCAAAGAAAUUUUGAAACAGUUGAUGAUUGUGAUAUUUGACAAAGAUUCUCCAAAUAUGAUUAAAAGUAGUUCAUCGGAAGAGUUGAAACUUAGUGUAAUGAACUGCGCAUUUGAAAUCAUAAAAAAUAUGCCAUUUGAUGUUCAAGAUAGUUAUUAUGUGAAAGAUAAUAUUCCUGAAAUAUGUCAAAUUACCUAUACCUGUCUUGGACUGGCUGUAUAUGAGCGCUACAGAUCUCUAAGGGUUCGCUCUUUGGAAGUAAUUUUAGCAUUGAUGCAAGUGCCCCUGCAAGGACCCGAUAAAAGGUCUCCAUGGGAACGUGAAGUGGUUGCAGAUAUAUUCCAAUUUAUUUUGCCUGGUGCGUGUUCAAAAUUGAUGUCCAUUGUUUCUGGAGACAUAACCCAAGGAAAAAAGCUUUUAUCAACAGCUUUAUUUACUCUCAGCUCUAUGAUUGCUCUUGUUAUGGAAGAUUACAUCACAACUGAUGUAGAAGAUGCCUCAAAAAUGAUAGCAGCCCUUCAGAAGAUGUCUGAGAAGACUUCUCAAGAAGUUAGCUCAAAGCCUAUUCAGGAACCCACUUCUAGGAUUGCUGCUAGUGCCAAAAGAUUAAUUGAGUCAUCUAAAGGCCGCACCACAGAAUGGAGAAAGAAAAUGGCCUCAAACCUUAUUCCUUACCUCUCCAAAAUUGGGGAACGGCAUGAGCAUUCUGAUACAAAAGUUUGCAAGGUCAUAUCAUAUUCCUGUUUUCUCAUUUUAUCUCGCUGUCCAGUCUCAUUAAAAGAAGGCCUUGCCCCUGUGUUGGAUGCUUUAGUUGCUCUGUCUGUUCAUGAAAAUGUUGAAGUUAGAGAAGAAAGCCUCUCAUCUAUAAAACUGCUAACUGAUAUAUUCGCAGAUCAAAACAGCUAUGACUUUAUACAAUUGGCUGAAGAAAAUUUUUAUAUGCUACUGACAAGACUCCCUCGUUUAGUUCAAGAGGAAGGAAGUACUCGAGGGGCCUCAUCAAUAACACUCCUGUCUGGUUACGUGCAGUUAUUGCGUCACUCAAUGAGAAAUGUUUUAAGUAGUUCAGCUCACUUGCAACGUCUCACACUAUCCUUGCUUCAUGUGGUCACCCUUGAUUGUUCUGGUGUGAACGUGAGCAAUGAACACACAAUGAGAGAAUUAAUUCCUGAAAGAUGUGAUAACCUGCAUGUUCCAUGGACCCGUUUACGAUACAACAUUGACACAGCUGUUCUUUCUAAUGUUCAACAACUGUGUGAAAUUGUUACUGAUAAUUCUAUGGGUGUCUUUGAUCUUCUUGGGUCACAACUUGUUGACACUUUCCACUCAGUGCUUCAUUUCAAAAAGGAAUCAAUUCUUUUACUCAACAUUCUGUUACUCUCAGCAUCAAAAUCAAAAAAUGAAAGUGCUCAAGAGCUGGCUGCAUCAUUGCUUGAGGUCUAUAUGAACCCAGAUGUUUGGCCUGUCAAAGGAAAUUCUAGCUCCAUCUCCACAGUGUCAAUAAUUCAGCAAAACAUUGCAAUUGAGUGUUUGUUGACUGAGGGUAUUAGUUGCUGCAUGUAUGUAAUGGGGGAAGAUAAAGCACAAACACAUCUACUGCGUAUUCUGUACCCUCUAGUGGAAAAAGCAGGAUCUGCUAAUAGCUGCAUUGCUCUUUCGGGCCGACGAGCAUUGACACGAGUCGCCCAUAUAUGUGGAUACAAUUCUGACAUCAUAGCAUUGAUUUCUAAAAAUAUGGAUUAUUUGUCUCAUUCUAUGAGUGUUCGUCUCAAGCAUGUGAAUGAGCAGAUGGGUGUUUUCAGUGCAUUGAGUCUUAUUCUGCUCCAUUCUUCACCAGAAAUUGCUGUAGGGUUGCACAAUAUUGUUGUGAAUGUGUUGCAGUUGAGUGGUGAUAAAAUGCAUUGUCAUAAUAAUGAGGCACAUCUACGUGUUUUCCUUACAUUUGCUCAUGGUGUCCAGCAAUGGCUCCAACCGAGUAAUUAUGCUCAAAAUCCAAUAAGAGAAGUUUUGGAUGAGAACUUCACUGGGAAUUCGUCCUUAAUUAUAGAUUUAGGCUCAAAGCAAAGUAAAUGGACUGCUGUUAAAAAACUUAAAGAAUAUCAGCAAAAUUUAAAAUUUGUUUCCUGUGAAGAUUCGGAUGAAGAAACUGAAACACUCAGAAAUCCAGGUGAAGAAUUGCCUUCAAAGAUGCAACCUCAUGUGUUAGCAAAUGACAAAGGAGAUAUUCCUUUUGACACCAAUGAAGAGAAGAAGGAAAAAAUUCCGGAACUUGCCGAUCUUUUAGUUUUAGUUCUAAAACGAUGUCUUCAUUUCAUUCCUAGUCACAUUGUUGAACACCAAUUUUUAGCCAUGAGAACUUUAGAAGUGGGUUUAAAGGCCUUGGAACCAUACACAGAUACUCUUUUACCUAUUGUACAUCUCAUAUGGGCUCCUUUAGUGGGAAGAUUCAAUGCAAAUCAGCCCCCACUGAUAAUUCGUACAGCAUUUCAACUUUUACAAACAAUGGCAAAAACAGCAAAAGACUUUCUUAUGGCUCGUACUUUAAGGGAAAUAUUUCCUCAAAUAGCUAAAUAUUUAAAAAGUAGUGCUAAUGAGAGCUACUUGAAAGAUAGUGCAUCAGCUUAUCGGUUUUCACAAAAAUAUAAGACUCAAUUAUCACUGUUGUCAGGACUAGGUUCUUUAAGUUGCCAUCUACAAGUAAGAGGACAGGAUUUUUAUUGUUUGCUUAGCGUUUCGUUGUUGUACCUGAGCUGCUUUCAGCCUCCUCCCUUACAGGCCGCUUCUGUCUCACUUAUACAGUCCCUGCAGAGUUUAGAUGAAGACGCAGUAUGGUGGGGUCUUGUUACAUGGUGGACACCAUUUCACCUUGCAGAACCUCUUAAGCUGCCGUAUCCAUCAACACACCAAGACUGUGAAGAAAAUGUGCACAUUCUGUUGGGCUUACCAGUGAUUAAAAAGGACUUGAAAGAAAUACAACCUUAACUCUCAAAGGCUUUUCAUAGCUGUGAAUA